AUGCCUAUGGCGGCUAGUGUCGUUGACUUGGCAAAAUGUACAAGCUGGUGCAGCAAAAACUACCCAAACGCAGCCACCAACUGCAUCCUUCCUGCAGUCCGUGGCCAAGGUCCUUGCUAUGUUUGUGGACCUUUGAAGACAUCUCCGACUCAGCAGCUGUGCAGUGGUGCCUGCAAGGAUACUUCGACUGAUUCCAAGAACUGUGGAUCAUGUGGUAAAGUGGUUAGUGUUCUACUGGAACAAGUUGCAUUUCUGGCGCUUGUAAAUGCCCAAAUAACGGCCAGCUCUGCAGUGGUAAUAAGUGUUCUACUGGAACAAGUUGCAUUUCUGGCGCUUGUAAAUGCCCAAAUAACGGCCAGCUCUGCAGUGGUGCGUGCAAAGACCUCACUACUGACAAUAAAAAUUGCGGAGCAUGUGGUCAAGUAG